CAUGUGCUCCGACUGGCGCUAAAAGUUUUGAGCUCAAAAGUCUAGAACCACCAUCCUGAGUGCAGGUGGCCGCUGGGCCCCGGGGUUCACCUGGAAUCCGGCCUCGGAGCGUGCUUCCCAGGACAAUAAUACGCUCCCCUGAGGUUCGGCAGCCACACUGCCUUCCAGGGAGCUGCAAUGGAUAUACCUCAGUCAGAACUCAAUAUGGAGCCCCCUCUGAGUCAGGAGACAUUUUCAGACUUGUGGAAACUACUUCCUCAAAACAACGUUCUGCCCCCCGACAUAUCCCUGCCAGAGAAUGAAUUUUUGCUGCCCUCAGUCCUUGUGAACUGGCUGGAUGAAGAUCAAAAUGAAUCCCCCAGGGUCCCAGCAGCUGCCACCCCAGCACCAGCCACCUCCUGGCCCUUGUCAUCCUUUGUCCCUUCCCAGAAGACUUACCCUGGCAGCUAUGAUUUUCGUUUAGGAUUCCUGAAUUCUGGGACAGCCAAGUCGGUAACCUGCACGUACUCUCCUACCCUCAACAAGCUGUUUUGCCAGCUAGCAAAGACCUGCCCUGUGCAGCUCUGGGUCAGCUCCCCACCCCCACUUGGUACCCGUGUCCGAGCCAUGGCCAUCUACAAGAAAUCUGAGUACAUGACAGAGGUGGUGAGGCGCUGCCCCCACCAUGAACGCUGUUCUGACUAUAGCGAUGGUCUGGCCCCUCCUCAGCAUCUUAUCCGGGUGGAAGGGAAUUUGCGUGCCGAGUAUUUGGAUGACAAACAUACUUUUCGACAUAGUGUGGUGGUACCCUACGAGCCGCCUGAGGUGGGUUCUGAUUGUACCACUAUCCACUACAACUUCAUGUGUAAUAGCUCCUGCAUGGGGGGUAUGAACCGACGGCCCAUCCUCACCAUCAUCACACUGGAAGACUCCAGUGGUAAUCUGCUGGGACGGAACAGCUUUGAGGUACGUGUUUGUGCCUGUCCUGGGAGAGACCGGCGCACAGAGGAAGAGAAUUUCCACAAGAAGGGGGAACCUUGUCCCAAGAAGCCCCCUGGGAGCACUAAGCGAGCACUGCCCACCGAUACCACCAGCUCCUCUCCCUCACCAAAGAUGCCAUUGGAUGAAGAAUAUUUUACUCUUCAGAUCCGUGGACGUAAAAACUUCGAGAUAUUACGAGAACUGAAUGAGGCCUUAGAGCUGAAGGAUGCUCAGGCUGGAAAGGAGCCCAGGGGAAGCAGGGCUCACUCCAGCCACCUGAAGUCUAAGAAGGGGCAGUCUACCUCCUGCCAUAAAAAACUCACGUUGAAGAGAGAGGGGCCUGACUCAAAUUGACGUCCUCUGCUUCCUAUUCUCCAUUAACACCCCACCCUCAUCCACCUUCCCUGGCAUUUUUGAGAGCUUAGUUGCUUAAACUUCUGUCUGCUUGGUACAGAUGUGCCUCAGAAACACUCUAGAAUUCCGUUUGCCUUGGCUCUGUUAAAGAAGUUGGCCUGCACUGGUGGUUUUUGAGGGAGGUAGGGGAAGCUGGGAUGUUUCAAGCUUAUUUAGCUUUUAGGGUUUUUACUCUGAAGAUGGUAAAAGUAUGUAAGGAUUAGGUUUUAAAUCAGCCAUACAUUGGGUUACAGGCUAGUCAGGGAAGCUAUUACAAGUUGUUGAAUUUCUCCUAACUUCAUAGUCCAUAUCGAUAAAAUGCUAAUUAUACCUACCUCACGGGGUUUAUUGUGAGGUUAAUGAAAUAAUGUAUGUCUGGAACUAGGCACCCUCAGGGAUGCUUGUUCCCUGUCCCUGUUGGUGUGGAUGGGUUGAUGCUUUCUGUAACUGGGCAACUGGCUAAGAGGAGGGAAUUUCCAAAUCCUUUCUCUGCUAGCCUGGCUAAAUCCUAACUUCUUGGUGAACCCUAGCCCAUAAGAAUUUCACCUCAUCCCACACCCUGCAGGAUUCCAUCCCUGAUGUAGGAUCUGUAUCUACCAAGAUCUCUUACUUCCCCCAGAUGCUCAGGGUCAAUUUCUUUUGCACUCUGCAAAGCACAUCUGUAUUUUUCACCCGCACCCUUUCCCUCCCCUUUUUAUACCACAUUUUUGUAUUUUCUUAUUUUACAAUAAAGUUUUGCUACAACCUGUG